UUAUCCAAACAGUGUCAAAACAUCAAUCUGUUAACCAUUUUCGUUCUUCCAUAUUAAUUUUCAUUAGUUUUACAAAAUGGCUGGCCGAAUGAUAAGAGUAAUCUCUGCGCAUGCAUCUCGAGAUCUGGAAAAGACUUAUGGUUUACGCACUGACACUGGCAAGCAAUUCACAUUCUGGAAGCGGCAGAUACGCAAACGUGAAGAACCAAAAUAUCAAUACGACGUCGAUAAUCAAUGGAGCCAACAACACUGCUUCUACUUUUUCUUUGCCCUGCUCGGAAAUGGCUUUGAUACAAUGCCGCACACAAUGCGCUUUGCGUUGAAAACCUCUGGUGGUCUAUUCGUUGUCUAUGACUUUUUCUUCUCACUUUUAAUCACAUUUCCACUCUUAUACACGGAAAUGUUCCUAGGCAAAUACAGCAAUUUGACCAACAGUCAAAUGUUCCGUAUGAUGCCAAUAUCUUUCGGCGUUUGUGUCCUGACGUUACUUCAAGAUAUGCUCUACGCAUCAAUGAGUUCACCAUCAAUUGCAAUGUCGCUCAUGGCAACAUUUGAUCAUUUAUUGAAAUCAACCUGGACUUGCCCCCCUGGUGAUCCCAUUUGUUAUGAUUAUAAAGUUGAGGGACCACUGGGUCCAAAUUGUACCAGAAUCAAUAUGGUGCUUGAUUGCAACGGGAAAAAACGAUUAAUAGUCAGCAUGCAUCAUUAUUGGUCGAAUUAUCAAGACAGGCACGACUUUCAAGCGAAUUGGUCACUAAUACUCGUCACGCUCAUCACAUGGAUGUUUAUUACAAUAAUUGUAAACCUCAAAAUGAAGUUCCUGGAAUUGCUGUUGAAGAUAUUAGUGAUUCUGAAUGUGAUUUUACACAUGGUGCUGUUCUUACUUGCAAUUACAAGCUUAGGUGCAAGCAGAGCAUUAUUCAACAUGUAUGAUUUUAAGAUACGAUCGAUAACAGUGUAUUCUGUAAUAUUAUCCGCAUUUCUAAUGCCAGUGAAACACAACACACUCUAUGGAGGCGGUUACAUGACAUAUGCUGCAAGCAUUAAUUACAAAUCUAAAUUUGGGCUAACCACAAACAGUCUUCUUCUUUUGUGUGCAAAUUAUACUUUGAAUCUGUAUUAUAUGAUAAUUUUUCAUGCAAUUAUUGGUGUUCUGGGAGAAGCUACUGGCGUCAACUACAAAGAAAUAUUUUUUCCAUUUGUAGGAAUGUACUACUCUCUCGUAUCGGAGUUUCUGCGAUUAAUGAACUGUCCUCAUGUGUUUAUAUCAAUAUAUCACUUGUCUAACUGGCUUCUAGAAUGUACAAAACUUACAAUUAUAAUUCGUAUGCAUAUAAACGGAUUGUACGACUUUUUUCCGACGAUUGUUCAGUUUAAAAUUCAUACAAGAAUUGCAUGGGUUGGCAUAUGCACAUUUAUAGGUCUUAUGGAUACAAUGGGGAUUUGUAUAAGAUUGAUUAAUGAAGUAAUGUGGAUGGCCAACUUGUACAUGAUGAGCGGUAUACAACUUUUUAUACGAAGUUUGCUGUUAUUUUAUGGCUAUGGAGUGGCGAGACUUAACGAUGAUAUUCAUUUCUUAAGUGGCUACAGACCGCUAAAAUUCUGGCGAUUUAUUUGGUACCUUUAUCCAUUUAUGCUCGCAUUUUUAUUACUGACAUUAGUAAUCAAUGGUUGGAAUAAUCAGGAAGAAAUUGAUUUCAUUGCAAAUGAUUUUCUAAGUCAUCCGAUAAUGGAUGGCUUUUGGUAUGUUUGCUGUGGUAUAAGCGCCCUCUGUAUUUUUGGUUUAUUUAUUACAUCAUUUCUUUACGUUGUUCUGCAAAUGCGUCAAUCAAUGAAAAUUACAUUGAUGACUCCAUUGUUUCAUUGGGGACCUAAAGACAGAGAACAACGAAUUGCACGUAAAGCAUUCACGCCUAGAGUGUCAAUUAGAUCACAAAAACCCAAGAAACAAAGGCAAAGAUUCCGAGAACAUUCUGUGCGGCAACAACAUGAAGUUGAAUUUGCACAAAAAAUAAAACGUGGAAGGCUUUUCGUUGAUAAGCAAUUCUUUGCUAAUCUUGGAGUAAGAAAGAGAUCAAAAAGUAAAGAGAUUAAAGGAAAACCACCGGUGAUUGUCAUACGACAAAAUGAAUUACAUCCAGAUGCAUAA